AUGGGAAUCGAGGCUGACGACGUAUCCCGAAUCGCGCGUGUCCUAAUCGCCGGCGAGAGCAUCAAUGUUUCCGCCCAAAUCCAAGAAUUCUCGUCCAAAGCCGCCUAUCUGGUUCGCCACGAAGAAGCCCCGAACGUCGGCUGUGCAAAGACAACGGUUUUGCCGAUGGCUGGCCUGAAUGGGGGAACACUCAACCUGACCACCAAUCCGUAUGAAUUCACGCUUGGUGGGAUUGACUUCUGUGCUCUCUCCGGGCAAACUGUCUCUGAUCUGCGUCGUCUUUCGAACAUCCAGUCCGCCUGUCAACUGAUGGAGCUGAUGCUCACUUGGCAACAUGUGGCCCCAACAUGUCCCGAUACGGUUGAUGGAUUCCCUCUACACGAUCGCGACCCUUUUUCGAUUGAGCGCUACCCACAUGUAAUGAUCGCCGGCAAUCAGCCGAAGCCGGAGGUGGUGGUACACGUGGGAUCCGGCAAUCGCAAAUGCACCCUGAUCGCGAUCCCGCGCUUCGCUCGUUCCCAGCUCGUCGCCAUCCUGAAUCUACGUACCUUCGAAGUCGACUGGAAACAAUUCUCUAUC